AUGGCUCCAACUACUAAAGCCUCUGCUGCAAAGAAAGCCGCUUUAAAGGGUGGUAACGCUAAGAAAUCUUUAAAGGUUAGAACUUCUACCACUUUCAGAUUACCAAACACCUUAAAGUUGACUAGAGCUCCAAAAUACGCUAGAAAGACUGUCCCACACUACAACAGAUUGGAUGCUUACAAGGUUAUUGUCUCCCCAAUUGCCUCUGAAACCGCCAUGAAGAAGGUUGAAGACGGUAACAUCUUGGUCUUCCAAGUUGAUAUCAAGUCCAACAAGAACCAAAUCAAGGCUGCUGUUAAGGAAUUAUACGAUGUUGAUGUCUUAUACGUUAACACUUUAAUCAGACCAAACGGUACCAAGAAGGCUUACAUCAGAUUAACUGCUGACCACGAUGCUUUAGAUAUCGCUAACAGAAUUGGUUACAUCUAA